CACAAACUUCGAAAGUGCAUUCGACAACAAUCACACGACCAUUUACCAACAGCAAAUCAGAGUAAACAAGAUGGCCUCCAACAUGUCGCGCAAAGAAGUUCUGGGCAAGGUGUUCAAGAUGGUGCCGCCGAUGCUGGAGAAGUUCCACAAAGGUCAACUCGGACGUGUUGCUGUUAUUGGAGGUAGUGAAGACUACACUGGAGCGCCUUACUUCUCAGCAAUGGCUUCUGCGAAGCUGGGAGCAGAUAUGUCUCAUGUCAUCUGCGAGCCUGGAGCCGGCGCCGUGAUCAAGACAUACUCUCCCAACUUGAUGGUCCACCCAUACAUGCGCCAACAAAAAAACCUCGCAAAAGAUGAAACCAUCGACAGCAUCGCCGACCAAGUCGUAGCAAUGCUCGAUCGUCUCCACGUCGUCGUAAUCGGCCCCGGUCUAGGACGCGAUCCCGUCAUGCAAGAAACCUGCGCUCGCGUCAUCACAGAAGCAAAGAAGCGGAACAUUUCUUUCGUCUUGGAUGCCGAUGGGUUGUAUUUGGCUCAGACCCGACCGGAUCUUGUACACGGGUACAAAGAUUGUAUUCUGACACCGAAUGUUGUUGAGUUUGGACGUUUGGCGAAGAGUCAGGAUAUUGAUACUACGAAGGAAGAUCCGACGAAGCUUUGCGAGAAGCUCGCAAACGCGUUCGGUGGUGUUACGAUUAUCCAGAAGGGUGCUGUGGAUUACAUCUCCAAUGGAAAGCAAACCCUCAUUUCAGACGGCGAGGGCGGCCUCAAGCGUUCAGGAGGCCAGGGAGAUACUCUGACCGGAUCACUGGCAACACUACUGGCGUACCGCAAGGCAUACUUGGAGAGAAUCUGGGACCACGAGAACGAUAUGUCCGCUGACGAGCUCUUGACUUACGUGGCAUAUGGCGGUUCGGCCAUUACGCGAGAGUGCUCGAGACUGGCGUUCAAGGAGAAGGGCAGAGCAUUGCAAGCUUCUGAUCUGACGGAGCAUGUCCACACUGCUUUCUUGGAUGUCAUUGGCGAGAAGCCGACUGAUGAGGCAAAGCUCUGAGCUAUGAGAACGGGACGAGGAACGAUUGUAUAAUUAGGCAUGAACAAAAGCAUAGCGGGGCGCGUAUGUCCGACGAUUGAAAUGAAAGCUGCGGCAAUACAUAAUUGGGACACCCUUUUGAUGCACGCUUUUUUCGUGUAAAGGGUGCGUGGGAUAUUGAUCUCAUGCUCUGCAGCACAAUU